AUGUUUGCAGCAGAGAACGGUUUAAAGGGAGACCCAAGAUUGAAGGGCAUUUCCGAUUCAAUUACAGUUGUUCCCCACUUUCCAAAGCCAGGAAUAAUGUUUCAGGAUAUAACAACGUUGGUGUCGAAUCCCAAAGCCUUCAAGGACACUAUUGAUAUCUUUGUUGAUCGUUACAGGGAUAUGGAUAUCUCUGUUGUUGCUGGAGUUGAAGCUAGAGGAUUUAUGUUUGCUCCUACAAUUGCUUUAGCAAUUGGUGCAAAAUUUAUCCCUCUACGUAAACCGGGAAAGCUACCAGGUGAAGUUAUUUCUGAAGCUUAUGAGCUUGAAUAUGGUAAAGAUCGUUUAGAGAUGCAUGUUGGGGCCGUUCAGCGUGGAGAACGUGCAUUAGUAAUUGAUGAUUUAGUGGCUACAGGAGGAACACUGUCUGCAGCCACAAGGCUUUUAGAACGAGUUGGUGCUGAGGUAGUUGAAUGUGCAUGUGUUAUCGGAUUGCCAGAGGUCAAGGGAAGAUGCAGGUUGGGUGGGAAACCACUAUAUAUGUUGGUGGAACCUCGGCAAUAA